AUGAUCUCUCUUCAGAGGCACGAAGUAGGGCUACAGAUCCCUAAUGAGGGGAGCCUGGUGUUGGUUAUAGCUCUGAUCGGGCUGCAGGGUGUGACUGGUAUCUCCUUUGGUCUGGUCAUCUCAUCUGCCAUCGAUGAUGAACAGAACGCCAACCAGGCUGCCCUGGGUAUCUUCUACCCCAACCUCAUCGUCAGUGGUAUAAUCUGGCCUGUGGAGUGCAUCCCCUAUCCACUACGUUACAUCAGUCUGGCCCUGCCCCAGACCUACGCUUCUGAAGCCCUACGAUGCAUCAUGUACAGAGGCUGGGGUCUCUCCAGGAUGAUGGUUGUGGCGAGGCUUCGCUGUCACCUCGGGCUGGAACACUUUCUUCCUCAUCCUGGCCACCGUCAUCCUCAAGCUGAGGACCUGAGACGUCUACCAGGGGGGGCUUCCUAG